AUGCAUCUCGACAACAAAGAUUUCCCUGAGUACCCGUCUCUGCAUCCACUUUCUAUCCCAGCCAACCGAAAUCUCGAUCGCUACUUUAAAGUGGCUGGCUCUAGCAAUGGUCUUGUUUGCCUUUAUGUUUAUUUGGGAAGUGACUUGCAUAAGUUUAUUAUUUGGAACCCUUCAAUUAGAAAAUCAUUGCUUGUACCUAAGAACAAUCUUGUGGGUGCCGAUCAAUUAAUCGGGUUUGGGUUUGAUUCGAGAACCAACGAUUAUAAACUGUUCGUGGAUGGUUUUAUGUAUUCACUCAAUUGUAAUUCAUGGAUGAAAAUCACUAAUAUUCCCGUCGAGAAUAAAAUUGACAGUUAUUGGUUAAAUACGCCGUUUUUCGUCCAUGGAAUAUUCCAUUGGCUUGCCAUUAGUGAGGAAAAGAAUAUCGUUUUGACGUUUGAUUUAAGAGACGAGAUGUUUGGAGAGAUAUCAAUGCCUCAAUGUUUGGAAAAUGUUGGCAAUAAACAUUUGAAAAUUAAGGCAUUUGGAGAAUCUUCGAUGGCAGUCACCCAUCAAAUUAGCGACAGACGGUGCGAGUAUGAUAUAUGGGUGAUGAAAGAGUACCGGAGCGGUGAAUGGACCAAGUUAGCCAUAGUUGAAAGAGUACCGGCGUGGUGCUGGAAACAAAACUCUGGUUAG